GAGUAUCUGAUCCUUUGGGAAAGCCCUCUUUCUCUUGGACUGCUGACGCGUACAGGAGUCUACGCUGAAGCGGGGCAGGAUUUUCACCACUUUUCUCCACGGCCAGCCUCCAACCAUGUUGCUUCGUGUUUUGGUCCUAGCAGUCCUGAUUUCCCGGGCCGAGUGUUACUUUAUUGAAGAAAAGUUCCCGGAGGAGUCCAAGAUGCAGCCUCCCACCGUGGUGAUCGCGAUCAUAGCCAGGAACACCGCGCACUCCCUGCCGUACUACCUCGGAGCUCUGGAGAGGCUCAACUACCCCAAAGACCGCAUCUCUGUGUGGGCCGCCACAGACCACAACUCGGACAACACCACGGCCAUGCUGAGAGAGUGGCUGACUGUCAUGCAGACAUUUUACCAUUACGUUGAGUGGAGACCAAUGGACCAGCCCAAGUCUUAUGCAGGGGAGCUGGGUCCAAAGCACUGGCCCAACAGCAGACAUGAGUAUGUGAUGAAGCUGAAGCAGGCCGCUCUCAACUUUGCCAGAAAACGCUGGGCUGACUACAUACUGUAUGCCGACACAGACAACAUCCUCACCAACCCAGAAACGCUCAACCUGCUGAUCGCAGAGAACAAGUCAGUCGUCGCCCCCAUGCUAGACUCCCAGGGAGCGUACUCCAACUUUUGGUGCGGCAUCACCCCGCAGGGUUAUUAUCGGCGGACAGCGGAGUACUUUCCAACACGUUACCGCCACAGACUGGGCUGCUUCCCCGUGCCGAUGGUCCACAGCACCCUGCUGCUGGAUCUGAGGAAGGAAGGCAUGAAGAAACUGGCUUUCUACCCUCCUCAUAAGGAUUACUCAUGGCCCUACGAUGACAUCAUUGUUUUCGCCUUCUCCUGCCGCGCUGCAGAGGUACAGAUGUACGUGUGCAACAAGGAGCGCUAUGGCUACCUAAACGUCCCGGCCAAACCUCAUUUCACGCUGGAGGACGAUCACCUCAACUUUGUCCACGUUCACCUGGAGUCACUGAUUGACGGGCCGGCCAUGCGUCCCUCUCGAUACAUUCAUAUGUUCCCGAAGCAGAGAGACCUGAUGGGAUUUGAUGAGAUCUAUCUGAUUAACCUGCGACGCCGGCCUGACCGUAGAGACAGGAUGUUGUACUCCCUGAACGAGCUGGAGGUUGACGUCAAGGUGGUGGACGCUGUGGAUGGAAACGCUCUGAACAGCAGCGACAUUAAAUUCCUGGGUGUGGACCUGCUGCCAGGUUACUACGACCCGUUCUCUGGACGCACCCUGACCAAGGGAGAGGUGGGCUGCUUCCUCACCCACUAUUACAUCUGGAAGGAGGUUGUGGACAUGCAAAUGGACAAAGCCCUGGUCUUUGAGGAUGAUGUACGCUUCCAGGCAAACUUCAAGCGACGAGUGCUCAGGCUCAUGGAGGAGGUGGAGCAGGUGGAGCUGGACUGGGACAUAAUAUACCUUGGCAGGAAGCAGGUGAAUCCUGGAAAGGAGGAGGCGGUCGAGAACGUUCGGAACCUGGUGGUGGCCGACUAUUCGUACUGGACUCUGUCCUACGCCAUCUCUCAGCAGGGAGCCCAAAAGCUGCUCAAUGCCGAGCCGCUCUCUAAGAUGCUCCCCGUGGAUGAAUUUCUCCCCAUCAUGUAUGACAAACAUCCCAAUGAAGACUACAAGUCCCACUUCCCCAACAGAAACGUGCAGGCCUACAGCACGCGCCCCCUCCUGGUGCAGCCGUGUCACUACGCCGGCGACCCUGAGUGGGUGAGCGACACAGAGACCUCCACUCUGUGGGAUGAUGAUUCGGUGAGGACCGAUUGGAGGGGCUCCCACAAAACGCUGAAGGGGGCUGCGCCACCGGCCGAGAUGCUGUCGGCCUCCUACAGGGACGAACUUUAGUGCCGGGAAGCUGUGAGGGCGGAGAGACGGACGCUGAGGGGGACAGUAUUAUGUCCGACUUCGUUUCAGUCCAUUCGGUAGAUGGCAUGCUUGUGAGCUGGACGUCUUCAGUUUUGACUAUUGUAGGUGGAGUGUGGUACCGGACUCGAUGGAUAAUAUUUUGGGAUAUUUAUUGACACUCUCUGCGGCAAUCGGCUUUAAAGGCCAUGCAGAAACUUGCACAACAAAUUUUCCUCAAUCAAUUUAGUGUUUUUUUUAAGUUUUUUUGGUCUUUUUGCCUUUUAAUAUUAUAGUUAUUACGUCUUAUUUGGUGUGCAUGACAGAUUUUGUAUGUUUGAUGAAAGCCUGCGGUGAUUUUAAAUCUGGAAAACUGAGCACAGGACUUACAUGGAGGUUUCCAGGCUGUUAUGUCCCUAGAAAAAAGGGGGUCUGAUGAUAACCAUUUCAUAUUUAGUAAAAAAAACUGUGUAGUCAUUUUCCAGGUAUUUUUUCUUCCACUGUGAUUGUUGACAGACACAACUGCUACUAUUACAAAUCUCUAAUUCUUAUAAUUAAUGUUAAUAAUUAACAUUUUCAAAGCUUCAACGCAUGAUUGUUCAGAACUCUUGAGACUCUAUUCAUCAACUAAUGGAUUUUUAUUGAAACAUAACUGUUACAUCAGAAAGUUUUUCUUUAAAAAAGUAAAGUGAUGGAUAGAUUAAGUUCUGUGUGAUUGUAUUACUUUUAUUAUGUUUGAUUAUUUCCCCCCCAGGCAGAUUGAACCCUACUGAUGGUUAGUUAUGAUUUUUAAGAUUACUAGAAUUUUUAUUCUGGGUUUUUUAAUGUUUGCAAAUGAGCAAAAAAUAUUUCAUUCUUGCUAUCCAGUAAAGAAUAAUGUGAUCUGCAGAAGAGGAAAAAAAUUCUUGCAAGUAAAUAUCUUACAAUUAUGUAAAAACGGCAACAUCAGAUUAUAUCUAAUCAUUCAAGUAUUUCUAAAUGUAACGUAUGCAGGUUUUUUUUACAUUCACAUUGACAUGAAACAAAGCAGGUGUGUGAAGAGAGUAGUAGUUUUUUUUGUUAAAUGCUGAAAUGCUUUUAUAUGGGUUUAGGGACUAAUAUGAUACAAUAAAAAUUAUAAGCCAUUUGAAUUGCAUAAAAGCGGUUUGGCUAAACUUUUAUUUUCAUAAUGUUAUGUAAUGA